UCCCCACUGCUGCCGCCUGCGAGCCUCAGUACAGUGUGUGGUUGUGAGGCAUCAACAAUGUCGUUUUCGCGCUGUGUUGUUGCGGCUCUGAGAACGCGACAUGCUCUGCAGAGGACGCUGGUUCCUGCGGUUACUCGAGCAGGUGGUGUUACCAAGGUUAACGGGUCGACGAUACAGCCAGCGGCGUGCGUUGCUCCUUUCCAGAUCCAUGGACAGGCGGGGGCUGUGUGUUACUACAGCAAGAGGGCGAGGGCGCAACGCAGAGCUGCCUCCUCCUCUGAUUCAUCAGACUCGGAUCGAGGCUCAGGCUCCGGCAAGCGAGGGAAGCACGGUCAGACUCCGUUUUGGAGGCUGAAGAUGCGAACACACCACGAGGUGCUGGACAUCAACAAAGACGGGGUUGUCUCCUGGGAUGACUUUGAAACUCUUAUAAAAAAGUUCACAGAGUUGGGUCAUCUCUCACCUGAGGAGGUCGGGAACUUUACCGAUGCUCUUAGGCACGUGUGGGAGGAGGAAUGGGGUGCUUCAGGAGAUCCUUACGUGUUCAUCGGCCAAGAACAGUUCCUGUCGCAAAUGGAACACGUUGUUAAUUCUAAAGAUCUUCGGAAAAGAGUUGCAAAACCUCUUCCUUAUUUCUUUAAGGCUGUUGACAGAGAUGGCAGUGGUGAAAUAUCAAUUGAAGAAUUUAAGAUGUUCUAUGCCUGCCUGGGUCUCUCUGAAGAGGCAGCAGCUCAGUCCUUUGCGGCCAUUGACCUGAAUGGGGAUGGCCGACUCACCAUGAAGGAGUUUAUCAAGCUUGGCCGCGAGUUCUUCCUCUCUGAGGAUGAAAGUCGACCAAGCAAGCUUUUCUGGGGACCACUGUCUGAUUAAGACUGACUGUCAUUAUCUCCAGUUUUUAUGAAUCCAUUACAUUUAAACAUUCCUUCUUGUGGAUAGUAUACAAGUAUGCACUGCAUGACUAAAAUAAUCAUGUAAUCUUAAGCUCAAAAUGUCUUGCUUGUGUAGGGAUCAGGCAGGGUGUAGUACUGAAAGUAUUGAGGUUUUUCCAAAUAAUCUGAAAGGAAAAAAAAAAAAAAAAAAAAAAAAAAAGUUGAUGCAUUCUACUCUGUAAACAUAUAUCUUGACUUGUAUUAUGAAGGACCUUUUUUAUUGCAAGCUUGUUGAUAUCGCAAUAGUCUAGAUAUUUUUCUAUUCCUUUUAAGAGAGAUCCUAAGAGUUUGUGUAGUAUGUAUUUGGCUAAUCUUUAUUUUUGCUAGGCUAAAAUAAAAUCUAAAAUUCCAUUAUAUGUACUUGCUACACCACAUAUACAUGAUGUGCAAGCUACCUACAUAUUGUAUAUGUGAAUAUAGAAAUUAAUGGAAAAUAUGUAAUCAUGUAGCUAAAGUUUCAUUUAAUUAGAUAAUUUAUACAUAAAAUUCUGGUUGCUUAUCACAAGUUAUUAAGACAGAAUCACACUUACAAAUGUACAGUAUGGUUUGCUAUACACUUCUAAUAAACAGUACUGAAAGCA